AGGUACGAGAGCGUGAUCGCCACACUGUGCGAGAACCUAGACUCCCUGGAUGAGCCCGAGGCCCGGGCUGCCAUGAUCUGGAUCGUGGGCGAGUAUGCCGAGCGGAUAGACAAUGCGGACGAGCUGCUGGAGAGCUUCCUUGAGGGCUUCCAUGACGAGAGCACCCAGGUCCAGCUGCAGCUGCUGACAGCCAUCGUGAAACUCUUUCUGAAGAAGCCAACAGAGACCCAGGAGCUGGUGCAGCAGGUCCUCAGUUUGGCCACUCAGGACUCAGAUAACCCAGACCUACGGGACCGCGGCUACAUCUACUGGCGCCUGCUCUCCACGGACCCAGUGGCUGCCAAGGAGGUGGUGUUGGCCGAGAAGCCACUCAUCUCUGAAGAGACGGACCUCAUCGAGCCCACGCUGCUGGAUGAGCUCAUCUGCUACAUCGGCACGCUGGCCUCCGUCUACCACAAGCCGCCCAGCACCUUUGUGGAGGGGGGCCGAGGCGUGGUGCACAAGAGCCUGCCGCCCCGCACCGCCUCGAAUGAGAGCGUGGAGAGCCCUGAGACGGCCCCUGCCGGAGCCGCCUCCAAUGAGCAGCCGGAUGUCAUCCCCACCCAGGGUGACCUGCUGGGCGACCUCCUCAACCUGGACCUCGGCCCCCCAGUGAGCGGCCCACCCCUGGCCACCUCCUCGGUGCAAAUGGGAGCUGUGGACCUUCUUGGCGGUGGCCUCGACAGCCUGAUGGGGGAUGAGCCUGAAGGGAUCGGGGGCCCCAACUUUGUGGCACCCCCAGCAGCAGCAGUACCAGCCAACCUAGGAGCACCCAUGGGCAGUGGCCUGAGUGACCUCUUUGACCUGACCAGUGGUGUAGGCACCCUGUCAGGAUCAUAUGUGGCCCCCAAAGCAGUCUGGCUCCCGGCCAUGAAGGCCAAGGGGUUGGAGAUCUCAGGCACCUUCACCCGCCAUGUGGGCUCCAUUUCCAUGGACCUGCAGCUGACCAACAAGGCCCUGCAGGUCAUGACCGACUUCGCCAUCCAGUUCAACCGCAACAGCUUUGGGCUGGCCCCCGCCGCCCCCCUCCAGGUCCAUGCACCGCUCAGCCCUAACCAGACUGUGGAGAUCUCCCUGCCUCUCAACACAGUGGGCUCAGUCAUGAAGAUGGAGCCUCUGAACAACCUCCAGGUGGCCGUGAAGAACAACAUUGAUGUCUUCUACUUCAGCACCUUGUACCCACUGCACAUCCUCUUCGUGGAGGACGGGAAGAUGGACCGGCAGAUGUUCCUGGCCACGUGGAAGGACAUUCCCAAUGAGAAUGAAGCCCAGUUCCAGAUCAGAGAAUGCCCCCUCAAUGCAGAGGCCGUGAGCAGCAGGCUGCAGAGCAGCAACAUCUUCACGGUCGCCAAGAGGAACGUGGAGGGCCAGGACAUGCUCUACCAGUCCCUGAAGCUGACCAACGGCAUCUGGGUGCUGGCGGAGCUGCGCAUUCAGCCCGGCAACCCCAGCUUCACGCUGUCCCUGAAGUGUCGAGCGCCAGAGGUGUCCCAGCACGUGUACCAGGCCUACGAGACCAUCCUCAAGAACUGAGGCCCUUCCAGCGCCUGCCCCAGCCUUCUGCCAGCCCUGCCGAGGAGCCCCUGGGAGGUGGCAGCUCCUCCUUCUGGGAGGGGCCUGGCAAGGCCUCUGGCCACCCACGGGGCCCCCUGGUCCUGACUCCAGGGCCUGCCUGGGUCCUCGGGGCAAGGCAGCACCCCUCCUGGAGUAAAAUCUCAGUGUACUCCCAUGCUCGGGGACUCCCUUCUUCCAUUGCUGCUGACAUUUAGGGUCAGGUGAGGAGGGGACCAAAGGA